AUGGACAGCCAUAUAGAUAGCCACUGGCACAGAAAGGCCCAGGAUGUCAGAGGAAAAAGAAGUGGUGAGGCCCUCUCUUACCCAGUAGAUACUUUGGAAGAUAAUGCUCAAAAGAUGCAGGAAGCCGCAGAAGUCUACUAUUCAAAGCUUGGAGAGCGCAAUGCUACUUCUCCAGAAUUCUGCCUAGUGUUUGCUGGACAGAAGGUGAAACUUGAAGAUUUCUCCAUUUGCUUCAUUCCUGUGUACCGUGACGAACCUAACUCAAAAAUAUUGGUUUUGGUUAAUCCCCAAGACAGAAAGAAAGUUUUGGCAGUUUACCUGAAUCAUUCCUGGUGGCCAAUAGAAGAUAUCAUGAAAACAUCUGAUCCUGCUAGAGAAGGGCUGAUUAAGGUUCAGUCAUUCACAGAAAGGAUUGUCCUUUUCAUUCUGAACCAUGUCAUUUUUGGACGAUUGGAGAGGAAUUUGAAUGAUGACAUGUUUUUCUUACCUCAUUCUGCUAAGGAACAUGCAAAAAUUUUCUGGAAGAAUGGAGACGCUGCUGGUUUUUACACUCUCAAAAUGAAAGGAAGUCUCUGUGGGAACAACACCUGUGAAAGCUAUCAACUGCCAGUUUUGGAUACUGCUUUCAUCAGGAGAAAAUACCGAGGACAGGGCCUGGGGAUCACAAUGCUGAAUGAUUUCUGCCAGUCUUUUGUGUCUGAAGAUGCCCUUGGGAUCAGCUACCCUAUUUCGGAUGCUAUGUACCGAGUUUGUCGGAGAUUCUUGCUGACCCAUCCAGAUGAGCAAAAACGACUGUGGGAGGUGGAGGCACCAGGGGACUGGGGCCAGCGUCUGAGCAUCUGGCUAAAGAUCCAGCUGGAACAAGGCUGUCAGACGGGAGUAGAGCUCAUCAAACAACAUCAGAUGAGAAAGAGAGCUGUCAUGCAAACAGAUCUCAAGAUGAUGAACACAGACAGAUAAUGGAGAAAUGAAUAAGAGCAAAGGUAGUAGGAAAACAACAUAAGAAACAAAGAAUAGCUACAAGCUUAUAGUAAGGGAAGGCAAUGAAGUCACCCUGAAGUUAGCCGAAGAAGAGGAUUUUAAUCAAGAUUCUGUUAAUACUCCACUUGGCCAGAACUCAAAGAGGAGUCCAGAAGGAGCAGCUCUAACUGACUAUGUGGAUGCAAAACAUAUCAGGCCCGAUCCUUAAUUUAUUAUAUAAUCCCCCCCCCCACCAAAUAUGACAGAAUAAAAUCGCUUACACCUCAAAAA